AUGCGUGCUCAAGUCCUCACGGCCUUCAACGAGCCGUACACGUUGCGAACGGACUUUCCUAGCCCGCCAGCACCGCAGGGCUAUGAACUUCUCAUCCGCGUCCUCGCAGCCUCGUACUGCCAUACAGACGCGGUCUUCGCCUCGGGUGCCAUGAUGCAAACUCUCCCGCGCGUCGGGUCACAUGAAUUCGCCGGCGUUGUGGAAGCCAUGGGUCCAGAAGCCGAGCUAGUUGCAAAAUCGAAGGGGUUAACUAGUGGUCAGCUCGUCGGUGUGCCUGGCCGUGCGUUCAGGUGCUGCGGUGAAUGCGCCGAAUGUACUGAAAAUGGAGGUGAUGAGGAAGGGUAUGGAGUCUGGUGUCCCCGUGCAGGGAACCUGGGAUUGAGUCGCGAUGGCGGGUUCCAGGAGUUCUGCAUCGUGGAUGUCCGCCAGGUGGCGCGUGCGCCGGAGGGGGAAUCCGGAUCCAUGAAGAUGAAGGCCGUGGAUAUUGCGCCGCUCAUGUGCGCGGGUGUUACGGUUUGGAAUGCCCUUGAAACCGCGGGCGUGGAUAUGUCUGCUUCGUCGAGGGAAAUUGGCAAGGGUAAGUCUAUCGCAAUAAUGGGCGCGGGAGGCGGCUUAGGCCAUCUGGGUGUACAGUUCGCGGCCAAGUUAGGGUGGAAAGUUGUGGCAAUUGACACGACGCCUGCGAUGGGGAUGCUGAGAGAUGUGGUUGCAUCUUUAGGAGAUGAUGGACGCAACGUCACUGUCGUAGACGCCCUGCAGGACACUGUCGAGGCUGUGAAGAAGCGCAUCUUCGGCGAAGCAGUACCAGGUCGUGAGGGCGAAAAGGGAUGCGACUCUUCCAUUAUCCUGCCCGAGUCGCAAGCAGCUUUCGAUUUCGGCAUGGCCGUAAUCAAGAACCACGGUACCUGCGUUACCGUGAGCUUCCCCAAGGACGGGUGGCGAUUCAAGCCCGGUGAUCUGGUGUUUCGACAUAUCAAACUUCUAGGGGUCUUGACCGGGCGUAAUCACCAACUGCAGGCGAUGGUGGACUUCGCGGCAAAGAACGGUGUUAGGGCAAAGAUUAGGACAUAUCCACUGGAAAACCUGAACGAAUUGGUUCAAGAUUACCACCGUGGCGUGGGUGGGAAGUUGGUCGUAGAUAUGGAGAUGAGGCCAUGA